AUGUUUGUAUACUGGAUAAACAACUUGUGUGAGAUCAUUCAAUGUAUUUGCUGGCGGAGAAGGAGGCAAGGACGAACUUUUUUUCCUUCAUACUUUUUUUUUUCUCUCUCUCUUUUCUUUCAGUCACAUUGUCUGAGUGUUAAAGGCUGGCUUUUCUGUGCUGAACCUUGUGGACUGGUAAACGCACGACAUAGAGUAAUAUUUGGAGAAACCAAAAGAAUUUUGAAAAACCGUGGUUUGAAUUCGACCACAGAUUGGUUGGACGACAAAAUGCAAAGUGUAUUCAUCCGGACUUUUGCUACCUCAAGAAUAGAGUUCCAGCGGUACCAGCCGCGUUUUGUUAAUACCAUUAAAGAAACGGUCAAAUCGGCACAAGAAAAGUCGUACAGUAUUACUAGACCAUUGGGGUUGUCAAAACCAGUUUUGUUAAAUCAUAAAUUGUCAGACACAUACUCAUUGUCCAAUAUAUACGAGGAGUUGUUUGGUCAAAAAUCCAAAGAAAGAAGACAGAAACAACUAGACUACGAUUUGAAACACUCGCCAAUUUAUGAAGUCAAGUCAUUUGAGAAUACAAAGGGGAAAAUAUUUACUCCUCCUGUUUCGUACUUUCGACAAGACAAAUCUUUGUAUUUCCCGGAUUUUAUAGCGAAAACAUUGGCAGGUAAUCAGAGAAGUUUGUACGACUCAUUAGACAAUAGAUUAAGCAUUGUCAAAUUGUUUUCUUCUGUUGCUGGUGAGCAGUGUACCCGUUCGUACUUUAAGGUUGAAAACAAAGAUUACUAUUCCCAGGAUUAUGAUACCUUUGUGGAGGAAUAUCCCCAUACCCAGAUACUUGAUGUGAAUAUGCCGCAAAGUUGGAUCAAGGGGUUUGUGACAAACUUGAGCACAGGAAAUUUAAGAAAGACUUUGAAGCCAGCUCUGAGAUACGAGAAUUAUUUCAUCUUGCCUGGCCACAUAAUGUCAGCGGAAAUUAGAGAACAGUUGUACUGUGAUAAUCAAUGUUCCGGGUAUAUUUAUAUUGUUGAUUCGAUGGGGAAGAUAAGAUGGGCGACAAGUGGGUAUGCAACUCCUGAGGAUUUGAAAUUGAUGUGGAAGGUUGUGAAAGGGGUGCAAAGAGAAAUGACCAAGUAA